AGUCGCUACAGACGUUAGCAGGUAGAAGGUUUUAUGCUGUUGGCGGUGCUGGCAGAGUGAUCGGGUAGCUGCUGAAGUAUUUUGUUAUUUUUGUGCAAAGUUCCGUAUUUUUUAAAAAGUAGCGCCAGAAGAGGAACUGAAUCGAUAUGGGAUCCGAACAGCAGUUUUGUUUGAGGUGGAAUAAUCAUCAAAGCACUUUGGUUGCUGUUUUUGAUACUUUACUGGAGAGUGGAACUUUGGUUGACUGCACUUUGGCAGCUGAAGGCCAAUACUUGAAAGCGCAUAAAGUAGUUCUUUCCGCGUGUAGUCCUUACUUUGAGCUCCUGCUGAGUCAGCAUUAUGAGAAACACCCGAUCGUUAUUCUUAAAGAUGUGAAAUUCCAAGAAUUGAAAGCUAUGAUGGAUUAUAUGUAUCGGGGUGAAGUGAAUAUUUCUCAAGAUCAAUUAGGAGCUUUAUUGAAAGCCGCCGAAUCCCUGCAGAUAAAGGGUUUAUCGGAUAGCGGUGGCGGAGGUACAGAGAGGGAAGUGGAACCUAAGAGGAGAAAAGAAUCGGUUCCACCUCCUCCCACACCAGCAAGAACUCCACCUAUUCUACAGCAUUCGUCGUCGGGUCUCACUAUCGAGCAUCGACGAACGGCGCAGCCAUCACAAGUUCCGCAAGUUAUUGAUUUACCCGAGGAUGCCCCACCGCCGAUGCCGUUGCAGAAGAUGGCCACGACGAGGGAGGGCAGCAUUUCGCCCGUCUCACGUAAACGGAAGAAGCAUAGACGCCGAUCAAGUUGUGAUGAGAACAGUUUAGGGGCACCUGGUGUUUUACCAUCAACUGACAAUCACGAAACAAGUAGCUCGUGUGAACUUCCACCCCAAUCGCAGGUACCUCCUGCUCCAAGUAUACCCGCCACCAUAACGCCGGUUACGUCAACGCCAAUUCCCAAACCGUCGUUAGAUACCCAGUUAAGUCAUACAACUGAGGAGAAAAACAGUGACUCUGAGAUUAUGAGCAAACCUUUGGCCUCAGUGCAAGGUGCUGUAGCCUCCCCACAGACAAUGCCAAUUGAACCUGAACCUGUUGUGCAUAAAGUAGAGCCACAGACUGAACCUCUAUUAGAACCAAAGUCAGAGUACCUGGAGGAAGUGAACGAUGACAGUGUGGAGGACUUGACUUUAGAUGAUGACAUGGACGAUAUGGAUCAGCCUAGAGCGGGUCCUUCGCAUGGUGGGGAGGGUUCCAGCAGUCAAGGAACAGGCUUUGCACCGUGGCAUGUAACUGCAACUGACAGAUCUACGGAUGAAGUCUUCAUGGCUGCGCAGGAAGCGGUUGGUGCUCAUAGGGAUUCUCAAGGCAUAACACAAGAUUUAAAUGACUUUCCUUCAGUUUUGGCUUCACGCAGAUUGCCUUUCUCGGAUACUGUGCGUGAAUUUCCAGCUUCUCACUCUGUUUGUGAAGGUGAUAUAGAUUCAUUUUCAUAUUUGUCACCAGACUUCAGUAAUCAGAGCCAUCAAGAAGCCCCAUAUCAAAGAAAGGAUACUACUGCUCAGAGGGACGAAUUUAAUGUAGAAGCGAGGAAUUCUUCUGAUGUGUCCUCUCAGAGGCUUAAGUGCAGAGUAAGAACAACAUUGAAAGAGCAACAACUUGCUGUUCUAUGGAAUAGCUUCAGUAAUAAUCCACGGCCUAAUUCACAAGAGAAAUUACGUAUUGCUGAAAUGACAGGUUUAAGUGUGAAAGUUGUAUCAAUAUGGUUUCAAAACAAAAGAUGUCUGCAAAAGAAGAAGAAUACUCUGUCUCAAGUCCAAUGACAAAUUAUUAUUUUGGCUGUUCAAAAAUGUUGUUCUGUUCUACUUUCUUGUAUUCAGAAAUGGAAAUUGCAUGUGAAGAUGUGUACCAUAAGCUGAAAAGCUCAGUAGUUGCUGCUGAGAGCUUAUUAAUGCUUAAUUACCUUCCAUAUACAUAUUUCUAUUAAUAUCACUUGUGUUAUCUGCCCCUUAUGGAAGGUAGGUGCAAUUACCUAAUCAAAAGUGAUGCAAUCUGUGCUGCUUUAUCAUAUGUGAUAAAUGUUAACAGUGAUAGAAUUGUUUCUUUCUAUCACAUAAAAGUGGGAAAGUGGGAAAAAGGAGAACUAACUGACAAACUCCACUUCUUAAUUCUUCCAAGGCCCUUCAUAACUGCAAUUGUGCAUUGCUCCUAUCUUCUGUGUGUGCUGAACGUCAUUGCACCAGUAUCCAUAUCUUUCUUUCUUUUCUAAUUCCACUUGGUUUAAAUUGACUCCCCAACUACAACCUGAAGUUGUUUACUUCCUUAAGUUGUGUGUUGCGACGUUACCCCAAAACUUGAGACUCACAUUCAUCCUUCUCUUCCCACUACUUUUAUUCUUUGCCCUGUUCUAUCCUUCUUUUCACCCUCCAUUCCUAUUCUGCCCCAUUCUUUCCUACUCUCCCCCUCCCUCCCCCCUUUUCCACACUUUCCUACUCUGCCCCAUCCCCUCCUACUCCCCCCUAUUUUCCUACUCUGCCUUAACUUCUUCAGCCCAUCCCCUUUUCUCCUCUGCCUUUUUGUUUUUCUAUUUUCCUACUUUCCUCCACUUAUUUCUUUACUUUUCUCCUAGCUUUCCCCUCCAUUUCUUUCCUCUUCGACUAGCUUUCCCCUCUGCCUCUAUAUCUUUAUCCUCUACCCCUCUUUCACUCCUCUUGUUGCCUUUGAUUCCUGCUUUCAGCUUUUCUUCUCCUCCUCCCAGCCCUUCUCAUUCUUCUGCCUCCUCCUAUUCUCUGCCUAACUUCCACCCUCCAUGGCCUCUGUCCUCAUCUGUACAACUGGUCCUUCUUUGUGGCAAAACUAGACAGCCACCUGAUGUGCCAAAAUUUGGAAGGGUACCAAAUAUUGGGUAAAAGUACGGAAGUUCAACAAAUUUCAUUUUUCUCUUGAUUAACACUGUUAGCCAUUUCAUCUCCUGACUACUGUGUUACAGAAGAAUCACUCUGGAGACUGCACAGCCAAGAAAUGAGCAACCUGCUCAGCAGUGACACACAUCAGCCUUUUUCUACAUUGAAGUCUCACAAACUGUUACUAAACAAGCUUCUCAAAGAUUAUAAUUGUUGGAUUAUGGGUCCAUACUGACUUAGCAUUCUGGCUCUGAUAAGCAGUUCAGUGCCUAUCAGCCACUGUGUCAUCCUCCAUUUGAAUGCAGCAUGGAAGGUGUGUAAGGUUAGGAGAAUGUUCUCUUAGCCAUUGUUACCUCUCCAAACCUUAAAGCAACUGUUUUUCAUUCAAGAUGCUCCUCAAUUAGGCACUCCAUUCCAGUCCUUCCACCGAGAAAAAAAUCUCUAGUGGUACUGGGAACUUAACCCAAGUCCUCUGCCUGUACCAUCAGCUAUGAAUUAUUUAAACUACAUUAUAUUACAAUAUAUAAUUAUUUUUAUGGUGUGAGGCUAAGAUUGAAUGACAGGGGGUUUGUUUGCAAAGGGAUAGUGGGGGCACCAAAUACAUUACUUAUGACAGGUGCCAAAGUACUUGGAAGCAUCCAUGCUAACAUAUGACACAAAACUGUCCCAGAAUUUAUUAUGAGAAUGUAGACAUGCCUGGUGUAUGCUAGUGAUGAAAACUCAUGGGUUUCGAGCCAAAUGAAAUGUUAAAGUGCUGCAGCUCGUAUUCAUACAGUACUAAUCUUCUUAUGGCAAAGUCACUUUAUAUAACACUCUUCGAAAUGUUGCAUUAUUUUAACACUGCCACCUGAUUAGAAACAUGAGACCUUUUCAUCAAUAGAAUUUAUUGCAUUCACUAUCUUUUCACCUAUCAAUGCAACACCUGGCUUUCAGGGAAGUAGUACCUCAUGUACUUAUAAUGUAUGACAGGAGUCAUCCAAAUUAUUCAUUAUUGAUUAAAUCCUCUUGGAUGGUUCAUAUUGUUUUCAUGUGCUCUGUCUGCCACUGGAUUAAAAAUGCUCUCCUGUAACUGAAAGAUGAAGAUGUAUGCCAUGCAGAGUGAGAUGCCUCUGAAUGGUACUACUCCGACUUGCAAUGUAUUGUGUUCUGUUAUUAAUUAAUUCUUUGAUAACUGCUUGGGGAAACAAUACAAUCCUUAAGAAUGAUUACACUAAUGUGUGAUUAUUCUAAAACUGUGUAUUUAACUUGUGAAUUGAUCUUUGUUUUGUUUCUUGACAAUGUCUUUGUAGUAUCUAACUAGAAACCGAAAUAUUUCACAAAAAUGUGUUCCUAUCUUGUUUGUCACUCAUAAAUAUAAU